GCUGCGGCUCUUGUCACUCAUUCGCUGUGCUGCUCGGAGCGCAUUCUGUGUCAGCGGCAGAGGACCAAUUCAUGAUAUCACGGCAACCUGAAACAGGGACAAAGCAUCGUAGUCAUUUAGAUAAUAACUGAACCCAACUCUCUCUACCUAUUCUACACGGAGCAUACCUUUGGACGCGAUUGCAAUGCUUCAGAUAAGGGAUCUCAUUUGGACGUUGCUUUUCUUUGGUUAUGCAGCUGCCUUGCAAGUGGAAAUCACUCCGGCCCAGGGAGAGAUCAGCGUGGGAGAGUCCAAAUUCUUUUUGUGUGAUGUUCUUGGAGAUGCUAAAGAAAUAGACUGGUUUGCACCCAAUGGGGAAAAGCUCCAGCCAGGCAGACCAGACAUCAGCAUCAGCAAGAAUGAUGAGUCCUCGUCAACACUCACAAUCUACAAUGCCAACGUCGACCAUGCAGGCAUGUACAAGUGUGUGGCGAAAAACGGGGACAAGGAAUCUCAGGGCACUGUCAUCGUAAAAAUAUUCCAGAAACUCACUUUCCAAAACGCUCCAUCGCCUCAAGAGUUCAACGAGGGGGAUAACGCCGACAUCAUCUGUGACGUCAUCAGCUCGCCGCCCCCAACUAUCAUCUGGAAGUUUAAAAAGACCAGAAUCCAACCCGAGACCGAUGUCCGUUUCAAGGUCUUAAGCAACAACCACCUCCAGAUCCGCGGCAUCAAAAAGACAGAUGAGGGUGACUACACCUGCGAGGGCCGCAUUAUGGCCCGGGGAGAAAUCGACCUCAGGGUCAUCAAGGUCAUUGUCAAUGUUCUGCCAAGUAUCAGGACCCGCUACACUGAGCUUAAUGCCACUGCAGACAUCAACCAGGCCGUGACGUUGGCCUGUUACGCAGACGGCUACCCAGAACCCACCGUCACGUGGGCACGAGCUAAUAUCGUGCUGGAAUCUGAUGGAAAGUACAGUCUGAAUGAAGAUGGGUCGGAGCUGACCAUCAAAGACGUCACUAAGCUUGAUGAAGGAGACUACCAGUGCAUCGCUAGAAACAAGGCCGGAGAGAGGAGCGAGGAAGUCUCACUCAAUGUGUUUGUACAGCCCAAGAUCACUUUCUUAGAAAACCAGACGGCAUCUGAAUUGGAGGAACAGAUCACAUUAACGUGCGAGGCCACAGGUGACCCCACUCCCAACAUCAUCUGGAGCUUCGGUCGCCGGGUCUUCACCGAGAAUGAGCAGGCUUCAUGGACUCGACCUGAGAAGCAUAAGAGUCUGGAUGGCAACGUGAUCGUGCGCGCAGCGAUGCCCGUGUGUCCUCUCUGACUCUGAAAUACGCAGUUCACCGAUGCUGGCCAGUACCUCUGCACUGCCCGUAACUCCAUUGGUCAGGACAUCCAGAGCAUGUACCUGGAAGUGCGCUAUGCUCCGAAGAUCCAAGGCCCUGCGGCGGUGUUCACCUGGGAGGGUAAUCCGGCUAACAUCACCUGCGCCGCGCCACCCGGCGCCUCCGCUUCGUGGUUCCGUGACGGCCAGCUGUUGCCUAGUGCUAAUACCACCAAUGUCAAGAUCUACAAUACUCCUGCUGCCAGCUUCCUCGAGGUCACUCCAGAGUCCCAGAACGACUUUGGCAGUUACAACUGUACGGCAACAAAUGUCAUCGGCACAGAGUCAAAGGAAUUCAUUUUGGUUCAAGCAGAUGUGCCUUCGGCCCCCUCUAUCGAGCGUGUGGAGCCGUAUUCCAGCACAGCGAUGGUGGAGUUUGAUGAGCCUGCCUCAAGUGGAGGAGUGCCUAUCCUCAAGUACAAGGCUGAAUGGAGGAUAGCAGGCCAAGACUGGACUGACAGAGAGUAUGAAGUUGACGAUGGUCUCAACUUGAUCACCAUUGUUGGGCUGAAGCCAGAGACCACGUAUGAGGUCAAGAUAUCAGCCAUCAACGGCAAGGGUGAAGGAGAGAGCAGCGCCCCUGAGAGCUUUAAAACCCAACCUGUCCGGGAACCUAAUCCUCCUAAACUGGAGGCUAAGCCACUGUCCACAGGCAACGAGAUGAAGGUCCACUGGAUCAAGCAGGAUGAUGGGGGCUCUCCCAUCAAACACUAUCUAGUGCGCUACCGAGCUAAGAAUCGCCAGGAAUGGAAGCCGGAGAUCCGUCUGCCCAACGGCAGUGAGUACGUUGUUCUGCGCGGUCUGGACUGGAACACGGAGUACGAGGUUUACGUCAUUGCCGAAAACCAGCGAGGACGAUCUGAACCCGGCAAACUCUCCUUCAGGACCUUGCCAGAACCCACCGCCAUUCCAGGUACGGCCCACCCCCUAGCCCUGAAGCACAGCCACUGCCAGCCAGCGCAGCCAACGGCCCGACCGCCUCAACCCUACCCCCGUUAACCCUAUCCCACUAGC